AUGGGCGAAAAGCUCACGAAACCCGAGUCUCGUCCCGCCUCAGCUACUACCAGCGUCAGCAUCGAGACCCUUUCACCGACGAUCGAACGCCCGGAGUCAUGCGCUUGCGAAUAUGCCGAGCGAGGAGCAAAAGGAGAGAUUGGCGUGAGUUGUUCGAUAUCCGAGCUGGCGGUCGGGAGGGAGAAGGCGGAGAGGGAGAGGGAGGGUUUGAACAAAAAGCUGCUGGAAAUGUCGCAGUCGGAGGACUCAGCGCUGCGAAUGGAACUUCGGGCAGAAAAGGCGAAAAGAGACCAAAGCAAUGCAACACGACCUGGAUGA